AUGGCGACCCCACGCGCCUUUGUCAUUCGUCACGGCGAGACGGAGUGGUCCCUCAACGGCCGGCAUACCGGUUCCACCGACAUCCCCCUGACCGCCAACGGCGAAAAGCGUGUCCGGGCUACCGGCCGAGCACUCGUUGGAAACGACCGGCUUAUUGUUCCCACAAAAAUUUCCCACAUAAGUACCAGCUACGUCUCGCCUCGCAAGCGUGCUCAGCGAACCUUCGAACUCCUCAACUUUGGCCUCAGCGAGGAACUUCCUUGGAAGAAUCACGGCUCAGUUGAGGGCGGCGGGCCCCAGUGCAACGCCCACGUUGAGGUCACUGAGGACAUUCGGGAAUGGGACUACGGCGACUACGAGGGUAUCACGUCUCCUGAGAUCCGCCGCAUCCGUAAAGAGCAGGGUCUGUCCGAGAACUGGGAUAUUUGGCGCGAUGGCUGCCCUGGCGGCGAGAGUCCCGAGGAUGUUACGGAACGUCUGGACCGCCUGAUCAAGGACAUCCGCGAUAGAUGGCACCGUCCCGUCAUUGGAAACAAGGAGGCUCAGAACGGAGAUGUGCUCAUCGUUGCCCACGGUCAUAUCCUCCGCGCCUUUGCCAUGCGAUGGGCUGGCAAGACACUCCAGGAUGGGCCGGCCUUCCUGCUUGAGGCUGGCGGUGUUGGUACUUUGAGCUACGAACACCACAACAUCGAUGAACCAGCCAUUCUACUUGGAGGUGCAUUCGCCGUCGACAUCAUCGAGAAGGAGCAGGAGGCAAAGCAGUAG